AUGUCGCCAUUAUGUGUCUCCUCUACGAAAUGUAUGGACUUCGUAGAUGGAAUGACUUUUGCAAUACUCCGGAGUAGAACUCAAAAUGAAAAAAGUCGUCGACCUUUUGACAAUGGCCAAGACUUUGAAGUAAAGCUUGCCGUACCAGGAAAACCUGGAAAUGACUACCCUGUUUUUCAUCGAAUUCCAAGAACCUCCUUUACUUGUUCAGGAAAAGAACCCGGUUAUUAUGCCGACAUGGAAACAAAUUGCCAAGUAUUUCGAGUCUGUACAUUCGGUUCAACUUUUGGCUACCAAUCAUUUCUAUGUCCCAAUGGAACCUUAUUCAAUCAAGCUGUCUACGUUUGUGAUUGGUGGAUGAAUGUUAAUUGUACAAAAUCAAAAGAAUUCUAUAAUUAUAAAAGUGAAUUAUUAAAUUUAAGGAACGGACCACAUUUUAUGAGGGAUAUUAAAAAAAUGAUAACACAUCCUAUGAGAAAUCCUUAUGAUCAGAGCUUUGCCAAAGAUCGUUUAAUUAUAAUUCAAAAUUACCAACCUCCGAAUAGCCCUUUUAAUAGUAUUUCUAAGAAUUAUGCACCAAAAAACUCCAGCGAAAUAAUAUCUCAAGUAAAAGAAAAUAGUACUACUGAUGUCUCAACUGCUACUUCGAAACCUACUACCUACUACUAUUCAAAUUUUAAUAUUUUUCCAACAAGUAACAAAAGUUUUAACUCUGUACGACAGCAAUCUCAAAAAUCAUUUCCCCAACAAAAAGUAGGAAUAAAUUACAAACAACGUCAAUUUUCUAACAGUCAUUCGGGUCAAGCCUUACCAAAUAAAACAAAAAAUGUAUUAAGUUACACAAAACGUUUGCAAAAUAUAGUAAAACCAACUCAGUCAAAUCAAAGAGUUCAGCAGUUUUUGAAUCAUCAUCAUAUCCCAGCUCUUUCAAGUCAAGAAAAUAGAUUAGUUAUUAAUAGCCAACAAAGCCAUCCGACACAAAAUACUUUAAGUAACAACCAUUCCAAGGUACAACUAAAUCGGCAUAUAUUACAAGACAAAGAAUUGUAUUCCUACAAACACAAUCAAGCACGCUUUUCAAAAGAUACUAGGAGUCAGGUCAACAUAGAAUCACAACAAAACUUGGUGAGUAACGAUAGCUCACCUACCCUUAUAAGAAAAACUUUAGCGUUUCGAGAAAUAAUAAAAGAUCCUAAAAACGGAACUCCAAGAUCUAAAAUAACAUUUAAAACUUGGAUUUUAAGACCCUCCAACAGUGAAAAAUUAUCCGCGGACCCAACUCCAUACACUUCCAAUACACCAAAAGUUACCAUAAUUGACGAUAACGAUUCAGACGUUAUUAGUAAUACUUCUGAGGAAUCUGAAGAUCAGACUGACCUUGAUUUAGAACCCUAUCAAUAUAAUCCACCAACAAGCUCAAGCGCUCUAACUUAUGAAACAACCACUGAAAUUCCCUUAACAACUAAAACUAGUUUUAGCCCUUCAGAACCAACAAAACCUUCAUUUUUAUAUCUACCUCCAACGACUUAUAAGACACCGAUACUUUUGUAUAAUUAUCCAACAAACAAUAUUCAAACACGACGUCAGUAUUUACUUCCAGAAAUAAUACAGAGUCCUCUCAUAGAACUAGAAUUACCCAAAAAUUCUAAACUCAUUGCAACGCCAUCUAUUGUGUUAGAACCACCUGAUGAGAGCUAUGAAUAUAGUUUUAAAAAUUCUAAUAAAUUAUCUUAUUUAUCCUUCAUAAAACAACCAAUUCUUCCUACAAUAGAAAGAACAGUUUCCAUUAAAAUUACUAUGCCCCAAAAAAUUGCAGACUUUUUAUUUAAAAAAAAUGUUUCUGAUAAUUUAGAAAUCUUAAGCACAGAAAACACGAAUUCCUUUGUGCUGGCUAAUAAAAUGCCAAACAAAGAAGACUCUCAUCAAUACGUUCCCAUCGGCAAACUUGUUUGGAAUAAUAGUUCUGAUACUUCUCCUUCUCAGGAAUUGCUUUUUUCUUUUUUGGCAGACUCUAUUAGUGCAGCUCAAGAACAUAAAAAUAUUGCCAAACAGGAAAAUUUUCAGCCAACACCAACACAUUUCACAUACCUAAAUAAAAAUGGAAUAGGAUCUAUAUCUGAUAAAAUAUCACAAAUGACAUCAGAACAAUUUUCAAACAUAAAGCUCUCAAGUAACGAUCAACUUUCGAGAAGAGCAAACCCAAAUAAUUUAAACAAUGACUUACAAACCAGAGGCUACAAACAGAUAGAAAUCGAUAAUUCAGUAAAUCGUCACCAGAACAAAACACAUCAGGAUUUGAUUAAUGCUAAGCAAAUCGCCGGCAGUCAUUUGUCUGAUACAGAUUCAAAUUUGCAAUCAAAUGUGGAACCUAUAUACAGCGGUCAAUUGUACCAACUUUCUGUUCCAGAAGUUACAAAACAGUUUUAUAAUUUUCUAUCCCAAAAAAAGAGCAAAUACAGUUUAAACUAUGAAGGGAAGAAUAACGAAAAUAAAUACAAACCAUCACAAUCUGAAUUUGAAAUGAUAAAAUCACAAAUAUUAUCGCCCGAAUCUAACCCUAGUAAACUAAAUCAGAAAUCAAUAGACCAGAGAACUACAGCUUACGACUUUAAAGACAACAUCAUUAUACCUAGCGACAGUAUAGCUGCACAGAUACAUGACAACACAAUAGGAAUUAUUGCUCAUCCAUUACAAAAAGAUAAAUUAAUAAAUUAUAAGAAAGACAACAUCUACUAUAUUUAUACGCAUCUAAACGACACUGAUAUAAACGACUUCAAGAGAAACAACAUACUUAACAGGCCCUUCAUUUCAAGACCAAACAGUAAACUUUCGGAGCUAAUAGAUAAUAUAAUACCGUCAAUUAAAUAUGACCUUGAAACUGAUAUUAAAAAACAAACUACACCGAAUACAUUGCAGCAAGAUACAUUUGGUAUACAGAGCCAAGAGAUUGGUGCCGAUAUCAAUUACAUAAACAAUCAUCCCGAAACAAGAAAGCCAUUCGAUAAAUCAUACCAGGGCCCCUCAUCAUACAGUGCACCUCAAGGUACAGUUGGCAAUUUGGAAUUUAAUAAAAACUCAAUAGAACUCAAUGACGAUAUAGAAAAGAUCGAUAAUUAUGAAAUCAACGGUUAUCCGAAACUCAUUCCAACGAAACGAUUUUCAUUUAGAUAA